AUGGUGGCCGAGCUUGCUCUCCGCUACACUCUCGGAGCCGACCCGACCCGGUUGCUGCUGCGCGUCAACUGGGCUGAGGACGUCAUCUCCGCGGAGCAGGUGAUCGCCCUGCUGCAGGCGGACGGCGUCGACACGACGAGGCUCAAGGCUGUGCGAGCAUUCGACAGCGUCUUUGAGGCAUGGUCCCUCAUCGGCGCGGUACUUCCGCUGGAGGGAUGCUCGCAGGUCGGGUCGGCGCGGCUUCUCGAGCUGCGGGCUGAGAUGGCUCCUCUGCUCCCGCUGACGCCUAGCGCCCUCGUCCGCGAGCCGACCCCGCCGCCGUGCUCGGAGCGCUCCUCGUCGAUGACGACGCCUCGGCCGCCUCGCCGCGCCUCGGACAUGCUGCUUGGCUGUCAUUCUGACUCCAUAACCUCUGGCGAGGCGGCAUCGCACCGCCAGCUGUCGUGCCGCGAAUCUCCCGCCUUGGCAGCCGGGCCGGGCGCAGAGGCAUCCUCGCCCCUCGAUCAGUGCCAGCGCUUGCCGAGUGGCAUCCUGCGCCGCGAGCACUCGCUGGCCUCGACGUCGGCGGCGCCCGAGCCGCAGGUCGCGCGAUUCCGCUCCCAGCCCUCCGGGGGGGCGCACUCGGUGCCGGAUCAGCAGUCGCCCGCGCCCGGAGGCUACGCGGCGGGCGCGCUCUACGGCUUUGGCGGCAGCGCGCUGUACACGGGUGGCGGGCGGCUCGAGCUCGCGCUGCUUCACGCGGCGCCGCUGGUCUGGAGGAAGAACCGGCGCAUCCUGCCCCUCGACCACCAGGCACUCACCCUGGACUUUAAGGGCGAGGUCAAGGCGCUGCUGGACGUGCUGCGGCGCGCGCGCAAGCACCUCACGCUGUCCUCCGGCGUCGCGAGCAGCGCCGCGCUCGGCGAGAUGCUCGCGCUGCAGCCGCUCAUGCUCCACCUCGUCUGCCACGGCGACAUCGACGAGGAGACCGGCGCCUUCUUCCUCGGCUUCGAGGACGACGAGGGCUCGCUCGACCAGCUCUCGCUCGACCGGCUGCACGCGCUGCUCGCGCCAGCCAACCUGGUGCGAGGCACGCGGCUCGUCUUCGUGUCGGCGUGCCACUCGCAGCCGGCCGCGGAGGUCUUCGCCGCGUGCGGCGUCCCCCAUGUCGUCGGUGUGCGCGCGGAUGCAAAGGCGCUCUUUGCGCGCCACCUCUACCUUGCGCUGGUGCAGGGCAACUCCGUCCGCGCCGCCUUCGAGAUGGGCACCGCCGCGCUCGCCGGCACUGCCCCUUCGGCGAGGAUGCUCCACCCGGCGGCCGAGGCGGCAAAGGACCCGCACGAGGCGGUCCUCUUCCCGCCCGGCUCGCUGUGGCCGGGCGAGCCCCUCGAGCGGAACCCGCUGCCGGGCCUCGAGCCGCCCUACCUGCCGAAGCCCUUCCUCGGCCGCGCCCUCGUGCUCACCCUCGGCCGCAAGCGGAAUAAGGAGGUCCGGCUGCUCACGCUGACCGGCGCGCCAGGGACGAGCCUUGCGAUCGCCGCCGCGGGUCACCUCUACGAGCGGCGCUGGUUCCCCGACGGGUGCGUCUGCGUCGAGCUUGCAGGGCGGCGCUCCCAGUCGGAGGCGCUCGCGGCGCUCACCGAGGCGCUCGAUAUGGAGCUCCGGUCGCUGCCCGACGUCUCGCGGGGGCUCAAGCUGUGGCGCGGCUUGCUGAUCCUCGACAACGUCGACGACGGCUGUGACUGCAAGGGCGUCCAGGCGCUCGUCGCAAAGCUGCUCGCCACAAAGGAGCUGCGCGUGCUGUGCACCGCGCGGCAACGAAGUGGCGUCUUCAACGGAUCGCAGGGCGAGCGGCUGAUCGACGUGUCUCCGCUCUCCGAGUACGACGCGGCACGACUCUUCCGCGAGCUCGCCCUCGAGGUGCUCCCGCCGGAUCUGCGACCGCCCGGCGCGCUCAUCGGCCACCCGGUGCUCCGAGCGCUCGCCGGGCUGCCGGGCGCCAUAUGCCAGAACGCGCCGCUGCUGCGCUCGGGCGUCUCGCUGGCGGAGCUUGAGCGGGAGCUGCUCAGGGCGCCGGCGAGGGCGCAGGCGCCGCUAGCGCUGGCGGCGCCGCUAGCGCCUGCCGACAUGGACCAAGCAGCUGAUCACGGCGGGCAGCCCAUGGCGGCGAGAGCCGUGUCGAAGGACACGCAGACCACCCUCGCGUCAGCCGGCGGUGCCGCGAGUGCCUCGCCGCCGCCUCCACCCGUGGUGUCAGCCCUCGCCUCUGUGGCUGUGCAAGUCGCCUCAGCCUCGGACCCGGUCUUUGCGCGCGGGGCGUGGCACGCUGACGAGCCUCGCGGAGGCGCUGGCGUUUCCUCGCAGCCGCGUCGCCGGAGCGCGCCUGGUUCUGCGCUGGGGUCUGGCCGCAGCUCUGCCGACUCGGAGGGUGUGCCGCGUCCUCCAGAUGGAGUCACAGCGACGCCCUCCUCCGGACCCGCUCGCGAGGAGCGCCGUGGUGCCGGCGGUGCCGGUGGAGGCGAUCGCAGCAGUGCGGCAGGCGGGGCCGACACCACCCCACCGGAGGGGCCGGAGGAAACCCCACGCGUGUUCCUGACAAUACCGCUGGAGGAGUCGGGCGAGCAACGGGUGGGCGACAGCACGGCGACGCCACCAGUGGCCGAGCCCAGCGCGGGCGGCGGCUCUCCCUCCGCCGAGGCUGAGCUGCCACCGCCGCCGCCGUGGGGGCCGCUCAUGCAGCAUUUGGUGCAGCGGCCCGAUCAGCCGCCAGAGGCGGCGCCGAUUGGCCCGCCCGCCGACGCUCGCUGGCUCGUCCGCCGCCGCACCCUCCAACUCGGUGCGGCAGCCUCACCGCCCGAGCGACGGCCAGCGAUGUCGCCGCGCGGCGGCGAUAGCCCGCGCCACGAGGCGGGCAUGUCCGAGCUCCUGACCUCUUACAUCUCGGAGCUCGACCACGGGGUGCUCGAUCCGCUCCUGCCGACGCCGCCGAUGCGCUUGCUCGCGGGCCGCUGCGCGCGCCGGCUCGCCACUCUCGGCGAACGCUUUGUCGCGUUGCUCGAGGCCAACGCCCGUAGCGAGGCCAUGGCAGCACCGGGGCACACCUCGUUUGCGCUGCCCGCGACAUCGGGUAGUCCCUCCGGUCGGAGGAGCUCCACCACACAGGGCGGCGAGAUUGCCGACGGGGUGAGCGAGGGCGUCGAGGGCGGCGAGGAUUUGGCGCGCUGGCGCAAGUUUUUCACCGAGGUGCUCGCGCCAAACCUGUGGGCAUGCCUCACCGACGAGCGGCUGCAGCUGAUUCGCGCCAGCGGCGCGGCGCCCGGCGAUUGCUCCGAGGCGCUCAGUAUCACGGAGGAGUCGGCAUCGGCCGCGCGCCGCACACUCGACGCGCUGCAGGUGCUCGAGGUGCCGCCCGCGCGGCUGGGCGAGCUUCGGCUCCUCCUUGGCGAUCAGAUGCUGCAGCUCGGAGAGGACAUGUCGGCGGUGCAGGAGGUGCUGUCCGCCGCGGUGCUCGCUUACUCCGAGGCCGAGCCCGAGGGCGGCAAAGGGUCGAACGCCUCCGACUCCGGCUACGGCAGCGGCGGAAACGACGACGACGCCGCGCACCGCUCCGAGGGCGGCGGAGAACGCGACGCUGACGCCGCCGAGGAGGUGGCGGUUGGAGCGGCGGUUGGAGGUGGCGAUCCCCUCCUCCUUGACGCGACGCUCUUCCCCAGUCUCUCUCGCCAGUCGUCGGGCUUUGCCCCGUCCGGCUUGCAUCCACCCGGCUGCGGCGACGACAGCCCCGCCGCCAGCGCCGCCAGCGCCACCGGCGGCGGCGCUAGCAGCCUCUCGGGCGGCGUGGCGAGCGAUGCGCAGCCGGCUGAGUCGCCACUGCUCGCCACCACUUUCACGCCAGGUGCGGCGGUCGAAGGGCCAGCGGGGCUCUGGCGGCAGGUUGCGCUCAUGGCCUCGGGGUCGGAGCGGGGCCGCCGGUGGGUCUCUGGGCUCGUGCGUGCGCUGCUCAUGCUGGGCGACAGCUACAUCAAGGACAAGCUCAACCAAAUGGACGACGCCAUCGUCGCUGGCCUCAACGACCUCACUGUGGCCGAGAGGCUGUCUCAGCGACCUCACGGUGGGCUUGCCGACUCAGCCGCUGCAGGGGCCAGCGACAGCCUUUGGCGGCGCGCGAGCGCAGGGCUCCUCAGCAGCCCGCAGCUCGCCGCACCCUUUGCGCUCUCCCUGGCGCGCGGCCAGAUGUCGCCGCGCUCGCGGGAGGCGCACGCCGCGGAUCUGGCGCGUGCAGACAACCUCUACCGCGAGGUGCUUCGUCGGCUGCGCUCUCCUCUAGCUUGCUUCCCCAAUGUGGGCGGAGACGGGGGCAACGGGCGGGCAGGAGGCACGGAAGAGCACAGCGGAGACCGCGGUGGUGACGGCGCCGACGAGGGUGGCGAUGAGGACCAUGAGCAUUGGAGGGCGGCGACCGUCGGGCUGGCCAAGCUCGCUCUGAUUCGCGGCGAGCCACGCCGCGCCGUCGACAUGUUGGGGGAGUGCGGCACCACCGACCCCGCGGUCAUUGAGCUACGCGGCAAGGCGCGCGCGGCGCUCGGCGACCUUGAUGGCGCGCGCGAGCAGCUACAGCUCGCCGCGGGGCUGUGGCAGCAGCGCGGCGACGGCCUACGCGCGCAGGAGUCGCGGGCCGCCGGCGAGGCGGUCCGGCGCGCGCUGCUCCAACGCGCGCGUGCGCAGGGCCGCGGCGCUGGCCGGCUGUUGGUGCUCGACGCCGCGCCGCUCGUCGCAUGGGCGCCGGCUGGCCACAGCCUUGCCGGCGACAGGCCCAGCGACGGCGACGCGACCCGGGCAUCACCAACGGGCGGCGACGGUAGUUGGGGGCCGGUCGCUUUCCCGAAGAGGGCGGGGGUUCGCUGCUGGCGUGCGCUCCUCGAGGCCCUCUCGCCGCUCGGCGUCUCGCUGCAGGUGCAGCUAGAGAUUUUGACCCGGCGCACGCUCGCCGCGGCGCUCGACCAGCAGGAUCGGCCGAUGCUCCACUUGCUGCCCGCGCCCGACUAUGCUGGGGGCCUAGCGCUCGAGGCGGACGCGGGCGAGCUGUCGCCGUUGCCUCUGGAGGAGCUGCGUGCGAUGCUCGCCGCCGCACCCAGCACCCCUUCUCUCGUCUUUCUCACCGCGCGCGGGUCUGAGCCCGCCGGCCGCGCGUUUCUCGAGGCGGGCUGCGAGACGGUGGUGGCCUUGCGCGGCUUCCUCCCCGAGGCGGACGUCACCGCCUUUUCUGCCGCCUUCUACACGGCGCUGCUGCGCGGCGCGGCGCCGCGCGAGGCCUUCGAGGCUGCAAGCGCGUCCCUCCACGCCCCGGUGGCGGGUGGUUUUGUCCUCAUUGGCGCUGCCGCGUCGCUGGGCCCGCUCCCUCCUCCGGGGGAGCUGAUCGACGUGAGCCCGAAGCUCUGCCCUUGGAACCUGCCCUACGUCACCGACGACGGGGGCAGUCCGUCGCUGCCCCCACCGGCGGCCGCCGCCGCAGAGUUCGGCCUCGCCGCAUCCUCCUCUCGGCGUGAGUUGCGCGGCGGUCGUGGUGCUGCGGGAGGCCGUGUGGCCGUCGGAGGGGCCGAGGAGGCUGAGGCCGCGGCCAGCGAGCAACUGGCACACGGGGCAGCGUUUGUGGGUCGGCACCUCGAGCUGCACGAGCUGCUCCACUCGUGCCUCACCAACCAGAUCACCUGCGUCUACGGGGCCAAAGGGUACGGGAAGUCUGCCCUUAUCCUCGAGGCGGCGGCCUACUUGCGCCAGCGCGGCGCGUUCCCGCACGGCAUCUUUUGCUGCUCGCUCGAGGGGCUGCGAAGGACGGACCGCGUGCGCGCCCGGCUCGGCGCGACUCUGCAUUUCCCGGCGCGGUCGAACGAUGAGCUCUCGACGCACCUCGCCCAGUACAAUUGUUGCCUCCUUAUCCUCGACCGGUGCGAGGCGGCCAUCAACGCUUCGCGGCCACAGUUCGUCUUCUUCCUCCACUCGCUCCUCUCUGCGGGCGUGCGUCUGCUCCUCUGCUCCAACUCGUCCUCGCUGCUCGCGGCCGAUGACUUCGCCGCUGCUCACGACGCGGACGACGACGCGCGGAUGACGACGCCCGUCUCGAUCUACUCCAUCACCCUCGCGCCGAUGAGCGAGCGGGACGCGGCGCUCUUGCUGAUCGAGCUGACAGAGCGCGAGCUCGACGCGGCGGAGCUGCUUGACGAGGCCGCGGAACGCGCGGCUGGCUCGUCCGCGCCCGCCGACGUGCUCACGGCGCUGCGGCGGCACGAGCUCAUUGCUCGGCUCGGAGGCGUGCCCACAAACAUUCAGUGGGCGGCGUGCCGCCUGCGCGACACCACCGUCGGGGCGCUGCUCGCAGAGUUGCGAUCGCUCAAGCCGAGCCAGCAGGCGCGACUCGUCAAGGCGGAUUCGCCCGCGGCGCCUGACCUCGCGCCGCUGAGCUCGUCGCUUGCGUCACCGCGGCAGACGGGCGGGUCGCGCCGGCGGCUGCCACCGGAGGGUCGCGCAAGCGAGGGCAGUGGGCUACUUGCCGGUGGGCUGCGCGUCUGGCCUGUGGAGGCCGCGCUGGCAGAGAUUGCUCAGGCGACUGCGCGGCUGAGCGAUGCUGCCGGGGGCCUGAGCGAUGCCGGCCUCGUCUCGGUGAUUGAGCGUUUGCAGGCCGUUUUCUCCUCGCCCGCGGGCAGUGGGGUCGCAUCCGGCCGAAGGCCGCGGACAGCGGAUCGCGAUUGA